AUGAAGAUCUCCCAGCUUCUAUCUUUGGGCCUGGCCCUUCUGGGCGCUGUCGACGCUGCUCCAGUUGAACAGCGUGGUACUGCUGUUGAUCCUACGAACAAUCAAGCUGGAUGGGGAAGACGGGGUACCGCCGUUGACCCCACGAACAACCAGGCAGGCUGGGGUAAACGAGGUGACACUUCUGUAGACCUCGCUGAUAACGAAGCUGGUUGGGGGAAACGCGACACUGCCGUUGAUCCCACGAAUAACCAAGCCGGCUGGGGCAAGCGAGGUACCGCAGUUGACCCUACCAACAACCAGGCAGGAUGGGGAAGACGUGGUACGAAUGUUGACCCUACAAACAAUCAGGCUGGCUGGGGCAGAUAA